GUAAAAUAGUAAAUUAGUGGCAAGCCAAAUAAAAUGGGCGAGUGCGACAUUGAGCUGCCAUCGAAACUAGUUGAGCUUUCCAUCGGAAUUUGGGGAUGAACAGCAGCGGCAUGAUGAUGAUGCCGGCGGGAGGCGGAGGCGGUAGAGGUGGCGGAGGCCGCUCCUGGCCGUCGACGACUUCGGUGUCCGCUUCCGGCAAGAGAAUUCAGAAGGAGAUGUCGGAACUGAGCUCGGAUCCUCCGCCGGACUGCUCCGCCGGCCCCAAGGGCGACAAUCUCUACCAUUGGGUCGCCACUCUCUUCGGUCCUCCCGGGACACCUUAUGAAGGAGGAAUAUUUUUCCUUGAUAUCACUUUUCCUAGUGAUUAUCCAUUUAAGCCUCCCAAGGCUGUUUUCAGAACCAGAAUCUACCACUGCAAUGUGGGUUCGUCCGGUGAUGUUAGUUUGGACCUAUUGAAAGAUGGGUGGAGCCCUGCUCUAACUAUCUCAAAAGUGCUGGUUGCGCUCAGAUCAAUUUUUACGAACCCUGACCCAUAUAAACCACUUGUCCCAGGCGUCGCCCACCUAUACCUAGCUGAUAGGGAGAAGCACGACGAGCUGGCUGCAGAGUGGACUCUACGGUUUGCUAGGUAACGCGUUGCGUUGUAAGUCGAGAAAGACGAUCUAAUGAAGCAGCUAUUCAGCAGUUACUCCGAAUCUAAUCUGUGGACGAUGAAGACUCUGCUUGUGAAGAAUCUGUAUGAUACUUGCUUUCUGUUCUAGAGAGAGAGAGGGAGAGAGAGAGGCUUCAAAAUCCAAAUAAAUCCCAAACUUUUUUUUGUUUUCCUUGGUUUGAAAGAGAUGUGAUGAAAUAAAUACUUCUACAUAAAUUUGAUUCUACUAAUGGAUCACUUUAUAUUAUUCUAGAAAGUGUAUUAACGUGAUCGUUAUUCGUGUUAUAUAAAUAUGAGACGAUGUGACAGAGAUGAGGCACAAAA